AUGCCCUGUACGCGCUGUGUGCCCCUCCCCCCUGCACGUGAGAGUGUUUGCCCUCUGAGGUGUCGGCGGCGGACCUGUCCACCCUUAGCAUGUUCUGCCCUCUCCCACACACUGGUGGGUAUGUGCUUCAUUUGCGGGGGGGCCAAUAAAAAGCCACAUCGGUUGAGAAAAAAAAGAAAGAAAGAUUGCUGUUGGGUGCCGCCCUCGUGCUGGUGGUGUGGGACCAGGAAAUAUCCACCAGCUCGUGUGUGUGUGUGGCCUGACCCCAUCAUAUUCUUGGGGGCAGAGAGGCGGGCAGGGAGAGGAGCGGCUUGUCAAAACAAAAGUGAAUCUAUUAUGUAUGCGGUCACACGCGAGAGGGGGGCUGCCUCCCUCGUGGGGGUGUGUGAAAGGGGGGUGGAGGGUAGAUGUAUGUGUGUUUGGAGAGGGGGGAGGGGGCAGCCCGGGAGAUGA